AUGUCGUUCGGCCGCCCCGGAGCCCUCUCCGAGUCCUUCAAGGUCACCCCGCCGCAGCGCGGUUCCUUCCCGCUCGACCAUGAUGGCGAGUGCAAGGACUUCAUGAUCUCGUACAUGUCCUGCCUGAAGCGUAACCGGGCCGAUGCGGGCUCGUGCCGCCCCGAAUCCAAGGCCUACCUCGAGUGCAGGAUGGACAAUGGCUUGAUGUCGCGAGACGAUUUCCAGAAUCUUGGUUUGGGAGAUGUCGAGGCGCGCAAACCCUCUGACCCGCCUGCUUCCUCCCCUCAAUCUGCUCAGAAUGCGCCGCCAGCCAAGGAGACGUCGAGAGGAUGGUUUGGCGGGUCUUCGAGUGGUGGAGGCAGCGGUGAUGGGGAUAAGAGAUUAGUCUGA